AUGACAACGACCACAAUGCCAGCAAUCAAUAGUUGUCCAGUUAAUGAAGUUUUAUAUAAAAAUCAUUGUUAUUAUUUGGAUGGUUCUGGUGGCAAUUGUUUAGUCGGUUACAGUCGUGCAUCAGAAAUAAUACUAUCUAAAAUUGCCAGAGAAUUUAUUGAUAAAGAUUAUAAAACAACAAUAUCUGAUAAUUGUUGUAUAUGGACAAGGGAUGAAUAUCAAAAUUAUGGUAUGCCAGUAGGUUUUUGUUCUCAACCAGGACCAUUUCGUCAUGAACCAGUGAAACACGGUUCAAAUUGUAAAAGUGCUACAAAUAAUGAACGAAAGCAAUUAACAUUUUGUGGUAGUGAUUAA